UAAAGUAUUCUGCAGAAUAAAUAGAGCGUUCUAGCUUGCACUAUUGUGACUAAUCUGUUGGCGAUAAACAGUCUUGGAGCUUUCCUUCUCCCCAGGUGUGUCAGCACAAAUGAGUUUUGUCACAGAUCAACUGUUUACUAGUCUGACUUUCAUUUUCUGAAUUUUCUUCUUUACAAUGGGGAAAGGCAGCAAAGUGGUUGUUUGUGGUUUUGCAGCAGUUGGUAAAACUGCAAUCCUAGAGCAGCUACUAUAUGGAAACUACAGAUUAGAUCUGGAACAUAUUGAAACCCUGGAAGAUGUAUAUAUUGCUACAGUGGAAACAGACCGUGGCGUAAAAGAGCAGUUGCGCCUUUAUGAUACCCAGGGAGUGCGAGAAGACACUGAAUUGCCCAAACACUACUUUUCAUUUGCUGAUGGCUUUAUUCUUGUCUACAGUAUCAAUUGUUUAGAAUCAUUCAAGAGAGUUAAACUGUUAAAGAAAGAAGUAGACAAAUUCAGCGACAAGAAAGAGGUUGUAAUUAUUGUUUUGGGGAACAAAAUGGAUCUUGCAGGACAGAGGCAAGUGGACACUGACAUGGCACAGCAAUGGGCAAAGAGUGAAAGAAUGAAGCUAUGGGAGGUGUCUGUAACAGACAGGAAGACAUUGACAGAACCAUUCACAUUGCUGGCUAGCAAGCUAAAUCAGCUGCAAUCCAAAUCCACUUUUCCUUUGCCGGGAAGAAAAAGCAAAGGCACACCAUCUUCUGAUAACUGAUAGGCAUCAUGUUGUUUUUUUAUUGACCCCAUGCUACUGCACAGAAUGAGUAAUGAGCAUCUGGUGUCAUAACGGAUACAAACUACUUGCUAAUUUGCCUUUUGUCUGUAUUUUAUAGUUUAGCUUUGACUGAGGUCUGUCUGAUUAAAUAAUUAACAUGCUAA